AGGUCUGAAUCGAGAGAGGAUUGAAAAAAAGCGACAGAGAUGUCGUUUGUUGAGAAGCCCGUGGAGAGGGCCGUGGCCAUCAAGGCCCUGAAGCCGUGGUGGGACGUGGCCAUAGACUACAUCCUCAUCGGCUUCUUCGUGGUAGGGAUCGUCUGCACGCUGAAGGGGCUGAUGGGCCACGAGAUUCUCUGCUUCCCGGACCUACAGGGGAACGACACUUACCAAGGUUUCAUCACACGGGAAGAGGCGAUCCAGUACUACAGCGUGCCCAUGAGUGACUUCGUGCGGUCCUCCUGCCACGCCACCCUCCCCCUCUACCUGCAGUACUUCCUCUACAUCGUCCUGGUGGAGAAACUCUCCAUGUUCGUCACCAACACGUUCUGGCUCAACUUCCCGCACAUCAUUUCCGGUGUGAUCCGGUUCUACACGCUGGUGUUGGAGACUGCGCAUCUCCGCCCGGCCAUCGACAUGCGCAUCCGCGACUUCCAGCGAAAGGAUGCGGAACUGCAUGAGGCCGACAGCCCAGCCGACAACAACCCGCAUAGCACCUCUGCUGCAGAGGUUAAGGUGCGAGAACACACCUACGAAGACGCCCAGAUAGCCCAGUUCUGUGAGACCAUCAUCCGGUACGAGGAGGGUUUCCGCCUGUCCCGUAUCUGCUUGGGCUACAUGAUCAAGUCCCUCCUGUUAGCGACGCUGUGCGGAUGUAUCCUGUCCUACAGCCUGCCCCACUACUGGGUGUUCCCGCACAUGUUCCACUGCAGCCUGCCCGCGCUCAAGGACAUCGGCUUCAGCGAGUACCAGUGUGCCCACGACAUCGGGAUGCUGUUUUUCGUGUCCUUCGUGCUGACCCGCAUCUGGAUCUGUCUCAUCGCGUUCUUCGCGCUGGUCGGAGCCGUCUUCUCCUGCAAGAGCCUCUUCCGCUCUAUGCGCAAAGAGGACAGUGCCGACAUGGACUUCCUGUGCCGCCUGUUUGAGCUGCAGAACCGCGCCGCCCUGGGCUCAUUCAAGGCCAUGAUCAACUCCGCCAUCAAGAUCAAGAGCUAUCUCUUGCCAUCCUCGCCUGGUCACAUCGAGUUUUCUAAGAACGGGAAGGAGCGUAACUCCAUCACCAUCGUCUGGGGGAAGGCCACCGGCGCGGAGGAAUACGAACUGCAGGUCCGCCGCAUCACCACCGGCGUCCAGGCCAAGCGUAGAUCAGUUUUCAAAUCACGAGAGAAGCCUGAUGCGAAGGUCGUGCACAUGACUUUCCAGCCCAACACCGCCGACGUCCUGGGCCUGAAGGAAGGGGAGUACAAGCUGACGCUGCUGGCCAAGAACGCCUUCGGGACUUGCCUGGAGCCCCGCACCGCCACCAUGCAGUACUUCGCCGACGGGACCCGCCCGGAGAUCCGCAACACUCCGCUCCCCACCGAGAACUACCACAAAUCCGCUAUGGUGUAGUAGCCUUGCUUCUGAGGGUGUGUAAGGAAGGGUGUCUUAAAGUGAUAUUACGUAAGAUUUUGACUAUUAUAAACAUCGUUGUUUUACACAUUUUCUUGUUCUAUAAGCCUACCUGGGUUCAUAGUGACAUUUCGACGUCGU